UGCCCUGAAAGCCAGAGACAGAGAAGAAAAAUAGCGCAAAGGCCUGCUUGAGAAACAGGAUCCAGGAAAACAAAUACAAGAAGCAGGAAAGAAAGCACGUAGCAGCCCACUGAAUUCCCAGGGUUAGACUUGUCCCACUCCAGCCCUGAGAGGCAAGAUAACCUCAUAUGCAUCAUUCUUAGACCAGUCUGCAUUAGCAGUUAAAUAAACCCGGUUACAAAUGGGCCUGGGAGUGAGGGGCAGACUCCUCAGGGGAACACAAACAGCAGUUUGAGCUCAGGAGACCAGUGGCAAAUCACCAUGGGCUGUGCUGGGGGAACAAGCCCCGGGCUUGGCAGUCUUGGGCAGAACUGGGACCACCUCGGGGCAGAGUUGUUGUAGGAAGACUGGUGAAACAAAAUGAGCUUUUGGGACCUACUUGAGAUUUCAGUUUCUCCUGUCCAGCUUUCCGACAGCUAAGGUUUAUGUGUCUGAUUCAAAUGGAAGCCACCUUUCAACCACUCAUCCCUUUUCUCCAGCUCAGCCCCAGGGCACCCGGUUUCCCUGCAUUUUGGUCAUGUGGCCUCUCUUCUCAAAAGGACCUGGGUUCCAAAUCUAGAAUGACCAAAGUGAGCCACUCUUUUCGCCAAGGCAGGUUUGUCCCAGCAAACCCAAACGUAGAAAGGCAGAUAACAGAGGACGAUGAUGGAGGAGACUCAGCAGUAUUCCUGCCCUGCUCUGCUGCUAUCUGCUAACUGCUUCCUUAAUUACUGUAGAUUUGUUUGGCUACAUAAAACGCCCUUGUUCUUUCCACAAGAAACUUCUACUUGACAAAAGACUAAGCUCAGCCCAGAAAUCAGGAAUUGUCACCUGAUGUAGAUGUCUGAAACGAGGGUGGCUUUUUUAAAAGGAGUUCCAAUUUGGUGAGGAGAAAGAAGGCCCCAUCUUCAGGUGUACUCCUGCAACAACUGUUGUAUCAUAUGUCCCUGGACCUGGAAAGGCAGCAGGAGCAGAGGAGCAGUAGGCCAACUUGAGGGGUGGCUUGGCCACCUGGGCUACCACCGCCACUCUCCUAAAAUAGGGAGGCAGCUGGCUCUGCCCCUGGCCAGCACGAGCUUUCAUGAGCCCAUCUUACCCUAAAGGAUUUCUAGCACUGCUUGGUACCAGGUUCCCCUCAACUUUUACUCAGUCUCCAAAGAACAGAAGUGCAACAGACAUCUGCAAGAGAGAGCUAGACAGAAUCCACAUCUGGGACAAGGUACAGAAACACAGACAACCUGAGGCCCCUCCUCCUGCCCUAUAUGAUUCUGGAAAGAACUAGACCUAAUGAGGGAUGGCCUAUUCCAAGAAUAAAAUAAUCUUGAUGCGUGGACUACUCCAGGUAGCAGUGACCUAGCCUUUUCUUCUGUUCAGUCUGCCCACAUGCAGGGAGCCCUCCCAGGUGACCUAGCCCUUACAGGCUAGAAGCUAGGAUGUGUGCAGGUGUGGCCAUAAAUACAACACAUCAUGGCUCCUGCUCUUGCUGUAUGUCCCUGCACUUACUCCUUGAAGUUUAGCUGGCUCUAAUCCUAUCACUCAACUUUGUAUAUCUGUUGUUUAUCUUCUUGCCUACCUGUUCCAAGGUGACUUGCAGGAGUUGACUUAAUUUAACUCAAAUUAGGUCACCUCUUAGUAUCAGAAUACAGUAUUAAGCUGUUUAACCUGGGAGCCCAUCAAUUACCUAAAACUAAUGGCAAAAGUAUUAUGGAUCUUAAGGAAGUAUUAAUCAGGUAAAGAGGUGAUACAAUCUCCUUAACAAACAGUCAUUUAAAAAAACUUCCCGCUCUUUUCCCUGCCGCCACCGAGUGGCAUGGAGGCGGAGGGUCGGUGUGUUCCAAGAUUCAACUUCACCCAUAACUCGCCACCACGGACGAGGAAGGCAUUGCUGCUGGAGGUGUAAUGGACAUCAAUACUGCUUUACAAGAGGUGCUGAAGACCACGUUCAUCCACGAUGGCCUAGCAUGUGGCAUUCAGGAAGCUGCCAAAGCCUUAGACAAACGCCAAGCUCAUCUUUGUGUGCUUGCAUCCAACUGUGAUGAGCCCAUGUAUGUAAAGCUAGUGGAGGCCCUUUGUGCUGAACACCAGAUCAACCUCAUUAAGGUUGAUGACAACAAGAAACUAGGGGAAUGGGUGGUCCUCUGUAAAACUGACCGAGAGGGGAAACCCCGCAAAGUGGUGGGUUGCAGUUACGUGGUGGUUAAGGACUACGGCAAAGAAUCUCAGGCCAAGGAUGUCAUUGAAGAAUAUUUUAAACGCAAGAAAUAAAUAAAUAAAAAUUUUGGCUCACUUAAAAAAAUAAAAAAACUUCCCCUCA